AUGUCAGACUCAUCCAAGCCCCAGAGAAUCCCCCGACUAAGCGCCAACCAUGCUGUCACCAACUCCGAACGGUGGCAAGCCAUCACCAACCGCGACGUCACAGCCAACUCCUUCGUCUAUGCCGUGAUAACCACCAAAAUCUACUGCCGCCCCUCCUGCCCUGCCCGACUCGCCCGCCGAGCGAACGUUGAAUUCUACGAUACCCCUUCCCUUGCUGAGAAGGCUGGGUUCCGCGCCUGCAAGCGCUGCCGGCCGCAUUCAGGACAGACCGCCACCCAAAGCAACCCCCAAGCCGCAGUAGUCGAGAAAGCAUGCGAGACCCUCCGGCACAACCUGGCCUCAGGGCUGAAACCACGGCUAAGAGAUCUGGCCGCGCAGGCGGGGCUGACGCCUAGUCAUUUCCAUCGUGUGUUCAAGAAACUGGUGGGCGUUACGCCCGGUCAGUAUAUUGGUAGCCUGGGGCAGAGUGGUUCGUCCUCGGAUGCGUGGACGCCGGAUAGAUUGUCUGAGUCUGAAACGCGCUCUGACUUUGACACUGGCGGGUUUGCUCUAGAUCUCAAUGGAGAGACGGAGUCGACGGCUAGGCUUGGUUCUCCGUUCAUCAUGGACGGUGCUUGGAAUGAAUUUGAUGCUUUAUUUGAGCAGGAACAAUGGGUGCCUGAUUCGUUAUCUAUUGACCCUCGAAUAAUUUUGGCGCCUGAGUGA